AUGGCUACUCAGGAGACCCCUACGUUUAAACUCGUGCUUGUCGGCGAUGGCGGCACCGGAAAGACCACCUUCGUCAAGCGCCACUUGACUGGUGAAUUCGAGAAGAAGUACAUGGCCACCCUUGGUGUCGAAGUCCACCCUCUUGGCUUUACUACCAACUUCGGCCCCAUCCAGUUCGAUGUCUGGGAUACCGCCGGUCAGGAGAAGUUCGGCGGUCUCCGCGAUGGUUACUAUAUCAACGGCCAGUGCGGUAUCAUCAUGUUUGAUGUUACUUCCCGAAUCACCUACAAGAACGUACCCAACUGGCACCGCGAUCUCGUCCGUGUGUGCGAGAACGUGCCCAUUGUUCUUUGCGGCAACAAGGUCGAUGUGAAGGAGCGCAAGGUCAAGGCCAAGACCAUCACUUUCCACCGCAAGAAGAACCUUCAGUACUAUGAUAUCUCUGCCAAGUCCAACUACAACUUCGAGAAGCCCUUCCUUUGGCUCGCUCGCAAGCUCGUCGGCAACCCUGGCCUCGAAUUUGUCGCCGCCCCCGCCCUUGCCCCUCCUACUGCCCAGGUCGACCUCGAGGUCCUCGCGCAGUACGAGAAGGAGAUGGCUGCUGCCCAAGACGUAGCCCUUCCCGAUGAGGGCUCGGAUGACGACUUGUAA